GCCUGCGUGCACCCUGGCAGCAUUGGAGACGGCCGCUUCCACGGCAGGACCACCAGUGCCGAGCACUUCUACGGGCGGGAGCCAGGUGAGGCUGAGGGCCGGCCGGCCGGGCUCCCGGGCGGCCUCCUGAGCUGCUGAGCCCCGCUCUGCCCCGGCAGAGCCGUUCGUUCUUCAUAGUGACCAGACUCCGAAGUCACACAUCCUGGAAGGGGACUGGCGCCCUGGUCCAGGCAGCCUCACCACCUCCAUGAACUUCUUCUACGGCCAGCCGCCACCGGUGACCAAACCAAACAGCCGCCACCUUCCUCAUGAGCAGCUGCAGGAUCACGUGAUCCUAGGGGAGUCCAAGUUGCUGGGACAGUUCUUCCAGACCACCAUGGGCUCGGACUAUUACCCCACCAGCGCACAGCGGCCCGAGGCAGCACCCAACCUGCACCUGCUGCCAAGCAACGUGCCGAAGGGCACUGGCAAACCAGAUUUGUUAACCACGAACCAGAAGAUGCUGAAACCACACAGAAUAGCUCCGGCCUCGGUGACCCAGGAGAUGCUGCAGCGGGUGAGGGGGGAGGGGCACCCCCUUUCCAGGGAACCCCCAGUCAGUGUGGAGGUACCUCAGGAAGCUUAUAAUGUCACUGCAGACUCAGAGUUAGUGUCAGGUCCACUCCAAACUCAGGGUUAUCUCUGUCACCCCAGACUCAAGAUCACCCCAGCUCCUCCCAGGGCCCUGCCAGGGCCAGCUCAGAAACAUCUCUACAUCCAGCCCACGGUCAGACCACACAUGAGGGUUAGCUCAGGGUUGCCUGGAGUCACACCAGCCCUUGGGGUUGUUCCAGCCACUCCCCCAGUUGCUCAUUCAGCUCCUGGGUCAGCCCAAACUGGGGUCCCUUUUGCCCGCCUCCCCAGAGCCCAUGACCAAGCUUUGAUCCUCCCGGGGGUGGGGGUGGGGGAGGUGAGCCCCCCUCCAGGCUGCCCUGCCAGGCUACCACCCCGAUUCCACAGUGCAAGCACAGCCACGUGGAGCCCCCGCUGGGUAGACAGCGCUGCUUCUUAAGCCAGUACAAGGACCAGUACACCUUCAAGUACAAGGGCCCACCCGCGCUGAAGUCCACCAACUUCCAGGAAAGCCACCUGACACUGGGC